AUGGCAAUGACCGCAUACGACAGCCUGAACGGCGAGUUCAAUCCCACGGUCCCCACCCGUGUAAUUUUCGGCCAGGGAAAGACGGCCUCGCUGGGGAGCGAGGUCGCAGCCCUCGGCGGGAAGCGGGCGCUGGUGUUGUCGGGCCGCACCGUGGCGGAGCAGACCGACGCCGUGCGCCGGACGCAUGAGGCUCUCGGGGAUAUCGCCGUUGGUGUCUACUCCGGCCUGACCCAGCGGGCGCCGCUGGCAACGGCGGUAGAAGCCGCCAACCUCGCGGUGUCCCUCGAGGCGGACACGCUGGUCGGCGUGGGCGGCAGCACAAUCUCAGACGCGGCCCGGAUGAUCGCCGUGCUGAUGGCCGAGGGAAUCACCACGGUUGAGGAGCUCAGGGAGCAGGGACACCGGCAGGAAAUGAUGAUUCGCCCCGACCUCGACGGCAAACCGCUGCCGCUCCAGGUCUCGAUUCCGACCACACUGUCGGCGGGUGAGUUCAACAUGGGUGGCGGCAAUAUCCUCGACGAUGGUGCGGGUCACAAGAUCCGGGUGGGCCAUCCCCGGCUGUAUGCCGACCUGAUCGUCCUGGAUUCGGACAUGACUGCCGGCACCCCUGACUGGCUGUGGCUCUCAACGGGCGUGAAGGCGCUGGACCAUUGCAUCGAGCGUCUGUAUUGCCGCGUCAACCAGCCGGCCAUCGACGCCCCAGUACUGUCGGCAGCGGAGAUGCUGUUCAAUGCGUUGCCGCGCUCCCGUCAGUCCGAUGGCGACAGCGAGGCGAGGCAGCAAUGCCUGGUGGCGGCCUGGAUGUCGAUGAUGGGGGCGCCCAACUUCGCCGUUGGUCUCAGCCACGCCAUAGGCCACAUCGUGGGCGUCAAGUACCAGGUGGGCCACGGCUACACAUCCUGCGUGUCCCAGCCCUACGUGAUGGAAUACAACCGUCCCGCCUCGGCUGCCAAACAGGCGUUGCUGGCCAAGGCCGCGGGGCACGACAUCGCCGGUAUGAGCGACGACGCGGCGGCGGAGCUGGCGGCCCGCACCGUCUGA